AUCCAUUGCGUCUUUGUCUCACCAAGUUCCCCGCUGUAGUCUUCCCUCCUCUGUAAUCCUGCACCUGUAACAAGUGAAAGGCCAGGAGGAUCCAUCAUCACAUGAUUCUUUGAGCUCCACAACAGGAAAGCGUUGAUUGCCUCCUACAGUUGGUCAAUUGUGUGAGGAUGAAUAUAGUAAAAUCAAAAGGGAAUGGCAUUGAGAAAUCCUUGUCCAUCGAAGAGCAGAAAGCUAAGAUAAAUGAAGUUCGUGAAAUCUUGGGGCCAAUGGUCAAUAUGCUUCCAAACUUCUGUUCAGAUGCUUCGGUAUCGAGGUAUCUACGUGCAAGAAACUGGAAUGUGGAAAGGGCAAGUAAGAUGCUGAAGGAAUCUCUGAAGUGGAGAUUGGAAUAUAAGCCAGAAACCAUUCGCUGGGAGGAUGUUGCUCAUGAAGCUGAGACUGGAAAAAUCUACAGGGCUGACUACCUUGACAAGAAUGGAAGAGCUGUUCUUGUUAUGAGGCCUGGAUUUCAGAAUACUAGCUCAAGUAAAGGACAAAUCAGAUACCUGGUCUACUGUAUGGAGAAUGCCAUUUUCAAUUUAGCAGCAAAUCAGGAGCAAAUGGUGUGGCUCAUAGAUUUUCAAGGCUGGACUAUGGCAAGUGUAUCAGUAAAAGUGACUCGUGAAACAGCGCAUAUUUUGCAGGACUACUAUCCUGAAAGGCUGGGACUGGGAAUCCUGUAUAAUCCUCCAAGGAUUUUUGAAUCAUUUUGGAAGGUGGUGAAGCCCUUUCUUGAGCAUAAGACAUACAAAAAGGUGAAAUUUGUUUACUCUGAUAACACCGAGAGCCAGAAAAUAAUGACUGACCUCUUCGAAAUGGACAAACUGGAAUCUGCAUUCGGGGGCCAUAAUCCAGCCGGGUUUGAUCUCAACAAGUAUGCUGAAAAGAUGAAAGACGAUGAUCAGAAGAUGUCUGCUUUCAUGGAAUCAGCUUCUUCUGUCUUCUUCCAAGAACAAUCCCAUGUUUCUGUUCUCCAACCAGAGUUCUCAGUAACCGAACAACAGUUAGAAUCCUCAUCUGAUUCAUCUCCCUCAAGUGACGCCGAAUCUCCCAGAAGAGUAGAUACCAAGAUUUCUUCAGCGAACGAGAUGAAAGAACAACUGAACUGCAAGGACACCACAAUUGCUGAAUCAGGGGUUUCACAUCCGCUGAUCCAUAUGAAUGACUUUGCAUAAAUGAUAUAAUGUCUCUUCUUUGUUUAGUGCAGCUGUGUGCAUAAAAUCAGAAUAAAGUAUAUCCUCUGGCAACAGAAUUCUAUUUUCACAAAAUUUCCCAAUAUAAGAGAUUAGGCCAAGCAAUACGAACGGCAGCUUUUGGUUGGUGUGCUGGCAAGUAAAAGGUAAAAUUAUAGGUUGGCAUUAGACCCUAUUUUCCCUUUGUAUUGUGAAUUUUUGAAAAGUUGGCAGAUAAAAACCAUAUCACCAGUAAACAACAUUGCAAUUGAGAUUGAUGAAUAUGCAUGGAUCUCAAUUUACUCA